GAUUAUGGGAUUAUGUCCUCUUUGAUUAAAAUGAACACAUUACCUUCAAGUUCAACUUUAAGUUCAUUUCCUCUCGAAAAUACAGAAGUGCAUGCCAUUGAUGAUGAAGAGUAUGUUCCACUCUUGACAUUUCACCAACGUUCUUUGGAAAAUCUAAAAUCAGACCUUGAGGAUGAGAAAGAGGAUACCACAAGUGUUUAUAGAGUUACAAUCAACAAUUACUUUGAAAAACUAGAGCCAUUACUCUCAAAAAUCCAUGAUGUAUCAAAACAACUCUACACUCCAAGUUCAAACGUUUCAGUAAAUGAAAUGAUGUUUCAAAAUCUUAUCACUUUGCGAAUCAGGAUAUACAUAUACUUUCUUGCCAAUAUCGCACAUCUCUCCAAGUGGUGUACCAAAAAUAAUUAUUUUUCUAAUGUCCCUCUAUUUCAAAAUCUUCGGCAAUUAGGUAUUGGUGCUUGUGGAACUGUCUGUAAAACAGCUUCAGGAUUUCCAAAAGAGUUGAGAAUAGAAAAAAAUGUCAAACUUGAUUGGGAUAUUCGUUCUGAUAUUAUAGUAAAUGGUGUAUUAUUAGUUUUUUGGCAAGAUAAUGGGCCAGUAACAAUGUUAUCAACAAUCCAUGGUCUUGUUGAUGAGGAAUGGGAGAUAAAACAUGAAAGGCGACAACUAAGAGAAACAAGUAUCAAUGUCGCGAAGGAUUGA